CUACGUGGUCCAGCAGGGAGCUUCCAGUAGCUGCCUUGCACAAGUGACUCCUGGACCCAGUUCUGGGGCAAAGAUGCCUGCCCUUCACAUCGAGGAUCUGCCGGAAAAGGAAAAGCUGAAGAUGGAGGUUGAGCAACUUCGCAAAGAAGUGAAGUUGCAGAGACAACAGGUGUCUAAAUGUUCUGAAGAAAUAAAGAACUAUAUUGAAGAACGUGCUGGAGAGGAUCCUCUGGUGAAGGGUAUCCCAGAAGACAAGAAUCCCUUCAAAGAAAAGGGCAGCUGUGUCAUUUCUUAACUCUAGGGGAAACUCUAUUCUCACUUGUGGCAAGUUGGUCUUUUAUUUGUUUCACUUUCCCCUAAAUAAAACCAAAGUAUAUGUUAAACAAGGGAAAAAAUGUAAUUGAGAAAAAUACUGCUGCAGGCACUCUCCUGGAAAUUCAUGUGUGACUAUGACGUGUGCCUGCUUGUGACCCGUGCUCAAGAUACUACCGUCUUCAGAGAGCAGUUGUAGGAAGAAGGCAUGACCCUCCCCUUUCAGUGAGCUGCUUGCUGUCUCCAAUAAAGUUUGUCUCGGGAAAAUUA